CCUCGCUCGCUCCGCCAGCUGCUACCCCCCAAUUUCAUUACCAGAUCUGACUGCUUCAUCAUCGUUCGCCCUGACCGGCUCCCUGGCUUCUGCAACCGCAGCAUCCGUGUCAUAUUCCCGGCUAUUCGCGUCGUCCGUCAACGACGUGAUUUGGGUAGCGGCCCGUCGUCCGUCCUGAAGAAGGGCGGACGGUAAAUUCAACGCUGGUUUGCCCGUUCUUCUGGGCUUUUUCGGUUAGGAGGAAAUUGAGGUCCAACAACAGUCCUGCAUUCGGGGGAAGUUAGUAGUUAUUAGAUACGGAACCGGGACUAGUGCCUGUCGAUGCUUUUCCAAACCCAUGGACAGUGGAACGAAAUUUGAGACGUUGUGGGAAAGAAACGCGGAUAUGUCGCCAACAACAAUCCAAGACGAUCUUUCGGUGGGCGACGUGUUCAGCCCCCAGGCUGACAUGUCCCACUCGAGAGCGGAGGAUGAUUUUAACGCUACCACGACCCCGCAGACCGGCUUUCGGAUGAGCUCUCGCAGCCCGGAUCGCAAACCCGGGCCGGCAAUCAACGAACCCAACCCGUUCCCUGCGCCGAAGUUGGAUGCGAACCCGCUGACCGCGAAAAGCAACCGACGCAAGAAAAAGAAGAAGCAGGCCCAAGUCCAGGCAGCCCAGGCUCUUUCUACCGUCCACGGAUUCACUCCUCGAGGCUCUGGCGACGAAGACUCCGAUUUUUCAACUACAAGCUCUUGCGCGCCUAACUCCCAGCAGCGGGCCGCAGUUGGAAGCAAUGGUGCUAGCCCUAUGCUGCAGCCAGCCUCUGGAGGCGGUAUCAGUGCCCUUCGACUUCAGCUUGACUCGAUGAACUUGUCAGGAAACGCCCCCCGCCGUAAAGUUGAUGGUCAAUGCUCGGCAACGCCUAGCAAUGCUAGUGUCUAUUCCGACAGCGACGAGACUGAAAUUUUGACCACUUACGAAGUGCCUUUGGACCAGGACUACGUCAGUGCUGAUGCUGUCGCUGAGGAAAAGAAGCAGGAAGAGCUAUCCCAUAAUGUUCUACAGACCCAGGACGUUCGCAGCCAGCUUUGCCGCAAAAUGACGACGGACGACUUUGAGCCUCUGCUCUGCCUGGGUAAGGGUUCCUUUGGAACCGUGUUGCUCGUUCGCCAUGCUCUCACAGGAAAGCUCUACGCACAGAAACAGUUCAAGAAGGCCUCGAUUACCGUCCACAAGAAGCUUGUUGAACAAACCAAGACCGAACGCACUAUCUUGGAAAGUGUGAACCGACACCCCUUCGUUGUCAAGCUUUUCUAUGCUUUCCAGGACCACGAAAGGCUCUACCUCGUCCUCGAGUACGCCCAAGGAGGAGAGCUCUUUACUCACCUCGCGAUGGAACGCAUGUUCGACGAAGAUGCAGCAGCUUUCUACAUGGCGGAGAUGGUCCUCGCUUUGGAACACCUUCACCAGAACGUCGGCGUGAUCUACCGCGACCUGAAGCCGGAGAACUGCCUCCUAGACCAUGAAGGCCACCUCAUCCUGACCGAUUUCGGCCUCAGCAAGAUCGCCCUCGACGACGAUGACCGCUGCAACUCCUCCCUCGGCACAAUCGAGUACAUGGCACCCGAAGUAGUCCAGGGCAAACCGUACGGUAAAGCAUGUGACUGGUGGUCACUCGGCGCAUUAGGGUACGACCUACUCACCGGCUCGCCCCCUUUCAAGGCAAACAACCACGCCAAACUCCAGGAGAAGAUCAUCAAGCAGAAACUUGUCCUACCCUACUACCUAGGCCCAGACGCAAAGGAUCUCCUCACGCGCCUUCUUCGCAAGGAACCGUCCAAGCGCCUAGGCUACCACAUGCCCAAGGACCUCCAGACGAUCAAAUCCCACCGAUUCUUCCGCAAGAUCGACUGGCGCGCCCUCGAACGCCGCGUCCUGACUCCUCCAAUCGUCCCGGUUGUCACAGACCCGGCCCUCGCAGAGAACUUUUCGGCCGACUUCACCGCUCUCCCGCUGAGUCCCGUCGAAGGCCCUAGUUUCUUCAGCGAGCACUACACCAACCAGCACCAGCGUAACGGUAGUAGUAGCGGACAACGACGCUCGGGUAUGGCCAUGGGUGCGUCAGCAGACCACGAGGACAGCAACCCCUUCGGCGGGUUUAGCUUUGUUGCGCCGAGUAGCCUGCUUGAUCACGCAGCUGAGGGUGGUAACAACCCUCUGACUGCGGGUUAUUGACUACAGGGCCUUUAUUAUAACUAUAAUAAGCUGCUCCUGCUAUCAGGACUAUCGAGCACGGCAUGCUUCGUCUUUGGUUGUGGCUUUUGGGUGGGGCUUUUGGUUCUUCGUCGGUGUGCGUUCGUCAAGUUUUUGAGUAGGCUAGGUAGACAUAGUAGCAGACAAGACGGAUUGGAUAAAGAUACUUGUCUCGCAUGGAAUACACAUCUACUUACUUCUCGUCCUUAUUCCCAUAAAUUGCCGUAGACUCAUUCU